AUGCCCAUUAGACUAUACGCCCCGUCCUUCAUGUCGCCGAAGUCCUCACAUCCGAACGAGGCCCAAACGAGCAACUGCACGAAGCACGCCGCACCCCCCGAAGGUUCCCCAGAAGCUAGCGUACCGCAGAAGCCCACCCGAAUGCCUUCUGCCCACUCCCGAGAACGCCCGCGGCACACCUACAGACCGGCAUCAAGACACAAUAAAAGAACUUCACCACUACACGGCAUGGAGGAAGCCACAUACCAGUCAGUUACGUGUGGCUACGGGCUCACCACCGUCAAGCAAUUGGCAAUAGCGUCCAUGUACGCUCACUGGCAGGUUCUGGGGCAUCCAGCGUUAGGCAUGCCACUCCUGAACACCCCGGUUCGCGGUCGAUUAUGGGCUUACAGCGUCAGGCUUCCGGCCAUAGCGGUCCUUGGUGCAUUGGUUCGUGCGCGUGCUGGCAUCGGGCAUCGCCGCAAAAUUGAACUGCGCGGCGCCGGGCAACCGGUCACAAAUCAAAAAGGUUUCGUCACCUGGCUGCGAGGAAAUGCCGUAGAUAUAGGGUAUUGGCUAUCAGGAUCAACUGUUGAGAUACAGAAGGAUUGCCAACUGACAAGACACGCUUGA